UAAGAGUUAACGAUUACAAAGAACUAAUUUAUUCUGCUUCUUUAAUGUGUACGAAAAGGUUGAGUGGUUUGCGGUACUAAGUGAUAUGAGCGUGUCUCAUACCGAUACAAACAGUGCGCACGCCCAAGACAAAAACACCUCCAACUGAAUCGUAUUAGAGAAGAUGGCAAUCACGGUAGAAAAGCAUGUACCUUUGCUCGUCCAGAUGUCAGCUAAUAAAAAGGAAAACGAUGUCAUCACGCGGACACCCACGUCGUUUACUCAAGUAGGACGAACGGCAAUGAACAAAAUUUGCUCAAUUCCAUCUUCACUCAGAGAAAAUACGUUUGACUUCACCACGGAUGAUCUGGACAGACAACUUUAUGGAAGAAAAAGAGUGAAACCUAUUGAUGUUGAAGAAAUAGCAAGAAAGAGAGAACUGUUGGAUAACGACCAUCCUUCAUACAAAAAAAGCAGAAUCCUUACUGAAGAUGAAGAGCUCGAUGAUAUUGAAAUGACAUAUUCCAUUAUGUCUUUUCCCAAUGACGUUCAACUUUGUUUGUCGAGUAUUCCUGGACAAAAACUUGGGGUGUGUGCAAAAGACUUCAUGCCUGUCGGCACAUGGAUCGGUCCAUACGAAGGGAAACGAGUUGCCGAAGGACAAUUAACAAGAGAGAAACGCGAUUCUACCUUUUGUUGGGAGAUUUACAAAGAUGGCAAGUUGGACCAUUUCUUAGAUGGUUCCGAUGGCAACUCAUCCAGUUGGAUGCGCUAUAUAAGAUGCGCACGAAAUCGUUUCGAGCAAAACAUGAACAUGGUGCAGUAUGGACCAAAUAUUUACUACCACUCGUUCAAAGAUAUUAUGCCUGGAGAGGAGUUGCUAGUGUGGUACGAAAGUCAAUACGAACAAUAUUUCGGAAUCCCCAUGUUCAUUAAACUAUCCAGUUUUGGGAAAAAACCAACAAAUUUAGCCAUUAAUCGCGUUUCAGGUGUACCGCAGAAAAAACAAUCUGAGAAAUUACACAUACAGCAGAUGUCACCAGUUCAUAAAAAGAAGCAUGAUGAUGUCGUGCCACAUCACUUCCCAUUCACAACAGUCGGGCAAGCCUUAACGUCGUCAAUCCAUUACAAUGAUUGGGAAAGACAGAACUCUACCGAUUUAUCGAUGCCCUCGAUAUCUCCAAACGGUUCUCCAAUGGACAACAAUUCUCCAGUGAAUAUCGAAGAAGAAAAAGACAUAGGAGUGUGGAAAUGUGGUCAAUGUGAACAACGGUUCACUCAACGCUCAGCCCUCCGACUUCAUGUAUGUGCAAGUGCAGCAAAUAAUCCUUUUCAUUGUGGCCACUGUAAUCUCUCUUUUGCUGACCCAACAAAACUACGGGCUCAUGUGGUCACCCAUAACAACGAAAGACCUUUUAAGUGUGGAUUCUGUUCACGCACGUUUGCUGGUGCGACAACCCUCAACAAUCACGUGCGCACCCAUACAGGACAGAAGCCUUUCACGUGUGACAAGUGUGGCAAGAGUUUCUCUCAAGCCUCUCAAAUGAGCCGUCAUCAACGGCUCUCUGAAGAAUUUUAUCUGAGCAGAAAUGGUAUGGGAAAUUCUAAAGCUGCGACAUUAUAUAAUUUGAUAAUCAAUGCAAAUUUUAUUAAGAAAAAGCAGCAAUCAGGAGAAAGAAACACAACAAUUACACAGCAUGGUUUUAGUCAAGAAACACUACAAGAAUUCCUUUACGGAAAGAAAAAGACGACGAUUGUGGAUAUUUAUGUUAUGGAAAGAAGAAAAAGAAAAUUGGCUGAUGUAAAGAAUGAUAUUCCAGAUAAACUGAAAUAUUCGGGGCGUGGAUCUAUGCCGGGAGAAGGUCAAAAGCACUCAUUCGUACCGCAACCCAAGGUGACAUAUGCUGUGGGCUCAUUUCCACCAGAAGUACGUCUAUGCACAUCAAGUAUCCCAGAAUACGAUUAUGGUGCAUGCGCUGCACGAUAUAUGCCAAGAGGCACCUGGAUUGGUCCUUACGAAGGAAAAAGAGUAUAUUCGACGCAGCUGGCCCAAGACCAAGAAAACUCAUUUAUCUGGGAGAUUUACGAGAAUGGUAAAUUCUCCCAUUUUCUUGAUGGAAGUGACGAGAACAAUUCGAGUUGGAUGAGAUUCAUACGAUGUGCUAGACACAAACAAGAGCAAAAUAUGUCAGCUAUACAAUAUGGAAAAAACAUCUAUUACCAUACAAUAAAGGAUAUUAAUGAGGGUGAAGAAAUGUUAGUCUGGUACCAUGAAAGUUAUAAUCAGUUUUGGGGAAUACCUAUUGCAUUGCAACAGGAAACUAAUGAAAGAAAUGGUCCACCGAUCCCUGUUCAUAUGAUACCACCAGUGAAUAUGAGCACAAAUCAAUCCAAGUCGAACUUGUCCGGUGAUAAUGAAUCAAGAAAAUUUCAAAAAUAUGAACAAACAAUAAAAAAGAAUUGUUCACUGUCCUCACCACAUUAUGGAUUUUACAUCCAAGCACAGACAAAUUUGCCUAAUUUUCAACAUUCAAUCAACAGUUUACAGCAAUCAGAAACAGAAACAACCAAAGGAUGUGUGCCUAAUUCAUAUAUGGUACCAAGUAAAAACCAUCAACAUCAAAACACUAUGCCUUUACAUUACAAUCAACUUGGAACAUCACAAUACCUCUACCCACAUUACCAUAAAUAUCACAAUAAAUUCACAGGUAUCCAACCUCAUCAAUCAACAACAAUUGAAGGAAGACAAUAUGCAGUGUUUCUACAAACUCCAUCAAAGUUAGACAGGCAUGCAAGUGUGCCAAUUAAUCUUGUAUCACCUGUACAAAAAUCCUUUGCAUCACUAGCAAGCCCUGAAACAUCUGGUGAUCCCCAUGUGCCAACCUUAACAGAUCAACAGACACCACUAAGGGAACAGCCAGGAUAUCUCAAACCACAAGCAAUUACGAACAGGGAUGUCAAAGAAAACAUGCCAUUAAUGGGAGAAAGACACGAUGAAAUAAAUGAUCAUUACUUAAAAAACAACAAAAACCAAUCAAAAACAACCCCAUUUAAGAAUCUCACACCAUCAAUCCACAAUCAACAGCACAUCACAGAUGUAGUGGACAAAAAGCAAGAUCAACCAUUAUCUACAAUACAGCCUGCAAGAGAACAAGAUGUGGCAUGGACAUGCGGUCAAUGUGGGGAAAUGUUUGCUCAGCAAGUGUCACUAAGAAUGCAUGUUUGUUCAAAAGCACCAAGUGAGCCCUUUCACUGUGGACAUUGCUCUAGCACUUUCUCAACAUCGUCUGAAUUACGCGAACACGUAGUUUCCCACAGCAAUGAGAGACCAUUCAAAUGUGGGUUUUGUGGACGAUCUUUUGCCGGUGCAACAACACUUGGAAACCACAUGAGAACCCAUACUGGUCAGCGACCUUAUGAGUGUAAAAUUUGCGGACAGACAUUUGCCAUAGCCACACAGCUUAGCAGGCACCUCAAACCACCUGGAGAGUGUGGCUUCAAGCAAAAACACACAAAUAAAUGCAAUGAAGAUAAUUGUAUUUCAGCAGAACAGUAA